ACGUACGACGCUGCGACGUCGCUGUGCAACAUGACGAACCUCGCGCCGGAAAACGUCACGACGAGGGCAGCGCCCGGCGCCAUUACGCUCUUCAAGUUCGAUCCCUGUGCAACUGGCGUCGCUGCUUUGAACAUCUUCGUUACUAACGCAAGAACCAGGAAUGUCAAUAAGCAGAAUGCUAUUUGUACGAAUGAAAACGGCCGGCCUCUUGUCAUCAAAACUGAAGAGCAGCGCCAGAAAGCUCUACAGGCCGUACAAAAGAGUUGGGCCGCUUGGGCUUGGCUGACAGCGACGUUCACCUCGGACAAAGUUCUUCAGUGGCCCGAUGGAACAAAUGUCACCCAGUGCCUCACGACCAAAGGCAUCGUCGUGAUCUCGCCCGCUGAGCAGUACAGCAUGCUGGACGGACUUGGAAAUUUUGUUGACAGCAAGUCUCCGUCUAUAUUGGAGUAUCCUGUCUUGUGUUACAAGUAGAGAAGAACUUAUUCGGCGGCCAUAACGCCAUCAGAAUAACUGUCACAUAUCUCCAAUUGAAAUCUUAUGGCCUUGGCUGACAGCCAAUUCAAAUUCACGCCCACUAACAGUGACAGUAUAGCUCAUUAAGGCAGUAUUUCGCAGAGCACAGUUUGAUAUUAUAACUUGAACAGUCGCCGAUGAAUAAUGAUGACUAAAGCUUGACUAUUUGAUACUUCAUUUUAGGCUCUUGAUCACGACUCUUACGUACUGUCGUAGGCGUUGAAAGAACAAAUUUCAAGGUUUCAGAUGAAAAACGGUUGUAAAUGAGCAUUUAAAAUUAAGAGACAGAAAGACGAUUGCAACGCUAUAAAUAAUUCGCUACUCAAAAUGAGAUAAGUGCACUAUUUAAGAUUUCAUUGAAUUUCACUUUUCACUUAUAGCACACUUUUGCACUUGAAAUAAUACAAUAUACUGCCCUUUAAUUUGAUUAAGACAGCGUUUUUCAAAACUUUGAUGCUCAGUCAUUCAUCACUCACACGAUUGCACAGCUUUUAACAAAUUUAAAUUUAGGUCUCAAAACCUUCCUUCCAAUAAUAACUAGUAUCAAAAUAUCAAAGAUAGUUCCCUUUUGUUUCUGGAAAAUUACAUUAAUUUAGAUGGGCAAAAUUUUACGAAAAAUGAACAAAUUAAACGCAUUCCAAUAACUAAUUAGAAGUUAAUCUAAUCGGAAGCCAGUCAAAUGAAAAAAAAGAGGUGAUUUAGGAAUUUUCUGUCAAAAAAUAUCCAUAUAUCUCUUAUUUGUCUCUAAUAUUUGCGCAAGUGUUAAACUCUUCAGCUCUGUUAGAUUAAUUCUUUUCAGCUUACUCAUCUUGGAUACAUAAAUGUACGUUAUCUUUCACUUAUUUCCCUCUGCGCCAUUUUUUCUGGCGUAUAAAUUUGUGGGUAAAAACUUCGAAAAUUACCAGAUGUUUUCAUAUCUUACAACAUUUAGGCAUUUUGAGGCUCUUUAUAAAUUCUCAUAAUCUGGCGCUGCGGGUGCAUUAUAUUUUCUCAGUUUUGGGUUCAGCUAAUACAUUCAAAAGAUAUUCUUAAUCUUAAUAAAUAGCAGCUAUAUACGGUAUACACGGCUGUUUAGGCUCUGUCGCAAUAUACCCUUUUUAUUAAUAUAUUAAACGUAUUUGGGUUGGCCGUGGAACAAUAAAUAAAAUCUGUUCAUGCUAUUUGUCGAUUUACCAAGAUGACGUCCAUGCAAAAAUCAUGACUUUAUCUCUACAAAUUAAGUGUAAUCAGGGAAAGAUUAUUGCCAAUCGUAUAUAAUGUUCAGUUUUGCCAUCUAUUACAAAUAUUUUUCUAUAUUCAAUUUCACUAAACUAUAUCUGAGAUAACAUUGAUUUCACAUCCCUAGCAUUUAUUGGCGUGUAAUAUGUGU